AGAAAACAGGAAUAGGGUUAUAUAGAUUUACGGCUGAUUCAUGGCCGUUCCAGUCUCCAUAGAUGUCAAUGGAGAGGCUUGGAUACUCUUUCCCCCACAGACCCACCAGACGGGGGGGCCGCCGUCACCGACGGUCCUAUCAGGACAAGAGCCCAAAGGGAUCAGAAACCGACACAGCGGAAAUUUCCCUACAAGAAAAAGUAGAAAAUUCUAAUACGGUAAACAUCUCCUCUACCAAUUUAUCUGAGUCUCAACUUAUUUUAUUGUCAAAAGGUUUAACAUUUUGCCCUUCAACAUUUACGGAUUGGUUCCAGGUGGAGUUGGAUCUUAGCCAGUUCUUUAGACGCUUGCGUCUCAAGGUCUGGUUUGAUUCACAUCCUCCUCCAACUGGAACAUUUGUCCCCUCUACUGCUAUUCCUUCUGAUGGGUUUGUGUUUUCGGAUUUUGAUCUCAAUAUCCCUAGUACCUUUAAUCCCAGUGUUUCAUCUUGCGCUGUGGAAACUUACUGUCAAAUAGUACAACGGGAAAUUUCACAACUUAGAUCAGCAGAAACUCGUUUGAAACACCCAAAUUUGACUAGCGUAGAAAUUGAAGCUCUGAAUGUCCUUGUCCGUGACCACGACCUCGUCAUCAAGCCGGCCGACAAGGGUGGCGGGGUCGUGGUCAUGGACAGGGACAAAUAUAUACAGGAGGCUUAUCGCCAACUACAAGACAGCUCUACAUAUCUAAAAUUACGAAGUGAUCCAACCAGAGAGAUCAAUAUUAAGAUUAAGAAUAUAUUGGAUGAGGCUUUACAAUGCAACUCGAUUGAUAAAACUUUACAUGAUUAUUUGUAUGUACAAUUUCCAGUAAUCCCUUUAUUGUAUCUAUUACCCAAGAUACAUAAGUCACUUGAAAACCCCCCCGGCCGACCGAUUGUUUCAGGACGGGGUUCGGCCACAAGUCACUUAUCUAUUUUUGUUGAUCAGGUCCUACGGCCAUACGCCACGGGAGCUAGAUCAUACCUACGUGACACAUCUGAUUUCUUAAACAAAAUUUCAUCCAUCAGGGUCCCUCCAGAUACAAUUAUUGCUACUUUUGAUGUGGUCAGCCUGUACACCUCCAUCCCUCAUGAUGGAGGUGUACAGGCUGUCAAGGACUCUAUUGUUUCAGAUUUUUCACCUGCCAAAGUGGAUUUUGUUAUUUCCCUUUUGAAAUUAAUCCUGCAUAACAAUUAUUUUUCUUUUAAUGAUGAAUUUUUCUUGCAAACCUCCGGCACCGCCAUGGGCACGAAUGUGGCGCCUACUUACGCCAACGUGUACAUGGCGGUGCUGGAGGAAAAGUCGGUAUAUGCGUCCACCCACUCCAGCCAUGUGCUGGGGUGGUGGCGCUAUAUCGACGAUAUUUUUUUAAUUUGGUCAGGUUCCGAGAUUGAACUGACCCUUUUCCAUCAAUAUCUUAAUUCCAUUGAUCCAAACAUUAGUUUUUCUCUAACAUCAUCUACAACUAGGGUUAACUUUUUGGAUACCAAUGUGACCAUUAUGGGUGACAAGUUGGUGACAAGUCUGUAUACGAAACCAACAGAUUGCAACUCAGUACUACACUACAGCAGCUGUCAUCCGAGGUCGAUGGUGCGGUCUCUUCCCGCCAGUCAGAUGAUGCGGGCGAGACGCAUCAUUGGCCAGGACGACCAAAUAGAACCAUCUCUUACACGAAUGUCUGAUAAUUUUCGUAAACGGGGUUACCCCAAGAAAUUGUUGGAGGAAUGUAAGAAUAGGACUCUCUGUAUGAAUAGAGAAACUUUACUGCAAAAAACCACGAAGGGAGCCCAAUUAGCUCGGAUUCCCUUCGUUUCAACCUUCGGAGAUCAUUCAGGCCAGAUAUCAAAAAUCUUAAAUAGGCAUUGGGACUUAUUGAAGGCCAGUUUUCCAAAUAUUGUUGAAUUUCGUUCUAGACCUUUAAUGUCAUACCGUAGGAACACAAACCUUAAAGAUAAACUUGUGAAAUCAGAUGUGUCAACUAAGCCAGAUUCUCAGAUGUAUCUAACUGUGGCGAGCAAGGGCUCAUACCCUUGUAGACAGUGUGUCAACUGUAGCUACAUGAAUAAGGGUCCUUGCUUCACACAUCCACAAACAGAAAAGAACGGCACCACACUUUGCACCGUCUAUGAGUAUACACCGCAUGGAGCACAGGCCAAGGAUCUUUGUUUCUUAUACCAAAAGAACGCCACCACACUUUGCACCGUCUAUGAUUAUACACCACAUGGAGCACAGGCCAUAUGA